AUGAACAGAACUCAUCCUCAGAGAAGUUUUGGUGGAAUCUCAUUUGACUCAACAAAGUCCUCCUCUGAAGAAAGAGAUCGCUGCCAGGAAUGCAGUGCAUGUUUAAGUUGUACUCGAAGAUGCCUCUGUAUCUCCAUUAUUGCACUGCUUGCACUCGGCGUCGUAGGUGCUGUCAUUGGUUUUGCCGUCACCUUUGGACUGCCGCCACCCACUCCUGUGAACCGUUUGUGUGUGACUUCAGGUAACCAGACUGGCUUUUUGUGUGAUGACAAAGUGACUUGCCUUCCAGCCAGUCAGACCUGCAACAGAAUCAGAGAGUGUGUUAAUGGAGAGGAUGAGCAGGAGAAAUUAUGUAAUGAUUUGCCCAGUAACCUUCCAGGAUACUUGAUCUUCCGCUGCAGCAACCCUGUGUACUGGAUCUAUGCUGAUCAGAAGUGUAAUGGUGCGAAUGACUGUGGAGACUGUUCUGAUGAAAAGGGGACGUUGGCUAACUGCCCUCCUUGCGGGACUCAGUGGUGGAGCUGCACACCGGUGUUUUUCGAGUAUUGCACCUGCAUUCCCAGAGCCCUCUGCCGAGACAGAAUCCAGCACUGCUCAGACUGGUCUGAUGAGUAUGCCUGCAAUAGAUGAAGUACCGAGAGCCAAGAGGUAGCUAUGCCCCCCAGGGCAUAGUCUGCAUUCUCACCUGCCAGCCUUCUCCUCCUGCUGCUUUAAUGCCCUGGGUUGAAGCUUUUGUCUGAAAAUGACAUGGCCUAGUGGUUUCCUGACUACCCUGCAACAGCACUGAAAGAAGGAGAGGACAGGAGCGGCUCCAGGCACCAGCACAGCAAGCGCGUGCCUGGGGUGGCAAGCCGCAGG